AUGGAUGAGAUUUAUCAGUCGACUAACUUUCGUCACUGUCCAGUUGAGAAUAACCGCUUUUCUCCACUGACUAAUGAUAUUCAUAUUUUCUUACGCAAAAAUGAUAAUGAUAUCAAUGGCGAUGAUGAUGAUGACGAUGAUGAUAAUGAAGAUAAUGAUGGUGUUGAUGUUCAUAAAAAUAGUCUUUUUUUGGAACCAAAAAUACCAAUACGAAGCACAUCAUUACAAACUAGUGAAUCAGACAUGUCGAUGACUAUUCAUAAUGAAGAUAUUACAUUGAAAAUGUAUGAUAAGUCCAUGCAGGACACGCUGCUUUCCCACUUGAACACCUUUCGGCGAAAUCGUGAACUUUGUGAUGUUGUUUUUUUUGUGCACGAAAAGGAGAUUCUUGCUCAUAAGAUUGUUCUUGCUGCUUGUUCGCCUGCACUUAUGGAUAUGUUUGUCAGACGCGAAAAUGCAGGCCGAUCAUCAAAACGCUUGAGUACAACGAUGCUGUCAACAGCAGAUACCGUUUCUCCACCGUUAACAACAGCUCAUACCUCAUCAAUAACAUCACAGCCAUUUUCUUAUUACGAAUUUGCUGAAGCCGAUUAUGAUUGUUUCGAAUCUAUUGUAAAUUAUGCCUACUCUUCUCAUUUGGAAAUAAGCAGCAAAAAAGUUGGCGAACUGUAUAAAACAGCUUGCGCUCUUCAAGUAACGCCAGUUGCCAAAGCUUGUGCUCGUUAUCUUAUCGAAUACCUUAACGUCAUGGAUUGCAUCGGAAUUCGACGUCAAGCUAAUCUUAACGAUGAUGUACUUGUGGAGCAAGUUGAUAAUUUCAUUGCUAAAAAUUUCGCACAAAUUGUUGAUGAAAGUCCAGAAUUCACUCAUUUGCCUCUUAUUAAGGUUCGUUUGAUUUUGAACACUGAUGAUACCAAGCGAUUCUGCUGUGGCGAGGAUAUCGCCUUGCGUGUUGUGCAGUACUUCCAAUCUUUACCUCAUGCUAAUGAUCGCGUUGAACAAUGGAUUGAACAACUGGUGGAAAAGACGCAUAUGUUAUACACCGAGACAGAUGCCAGAUUACAAGAUUGUUUAGAAAUGGAUGACCACAGUUGUAUGGGAGCAUCUGACAUAAUCCAGGAUUAUAAGUGUACGGGUGGCUACUUACCACGCACAUACAGUGGAAGCAAUGUGUUGGAGGUCCAGACUCCUGCUCAUCAUAUCACAGGUGCUACACAAGUGCAUCUGAAUUCAGGUUUAAGCAACGCAAAACUAUCGUCAACGGAUAGUAACAGUUCACUGAGUUCAAACACUGAACCUGAUAAUGAAUCUUACAAACUGAUCGCUGUGCACCGAACAGCCGAAGACUUUUGGAUCACGCUGGCAGUGUUGCACCGGUGUUUGUUUGCGCUCAGUAUUCAGCUUUCUGAAGCUGAAAAUGUUAUAAAACCUCGUAUGAUUUCACAGAUUGUUAAACCCUCAUCAACUGUUGAAACAACAGAACCAAGGGAAAUGGGGGAAAAAGCAGUUGUAAGGUUGACAUCAUCAGAGAGCAACUCACGUAUCCUACUGCCACAGAUGGAAAGUCCAAGAUGUUCCGUUGGAGGUGCAUUCGUCAACGGGAAAAUCAUCGUUUGUGGUGGUUAUGACCGUGGCAAAUGUUUGGAAUCAGUGGAAGAAUAUAGUUUAUUAAAAGGUAGUUGGCGUCGUUUAAGCGACAUGGCACAGUGCCGAGGUCGUUUCGAUGCAGCUGUUGUGGGAAACAAAGUUUACUCUGUUGCUGGUAGUAGCGGAAGUGUGGAUUUGAAAACAGUGGAAUGUUACGAUUCAGAAAUCGAGAAGUGGUCACUGGUAAAAUCGUUAAAUCACGGACGCAGUCAUAAUGAAGCUCAUUCAUAUAUGAUAAUAGAAAAUAGAUCAUUCGGGCGGGUUGGUUUUUUCAUUUUUUUUGUUUCAUGUUGUGCUGCUCUGGAUGGAUUAAUCUACUGUAUUGGGGGUUCUUGUGAGCAGAGUGUUUUGGAUGAAUGCGAGAGGUAUAAUCCCGAAUUAAAUGAAUGGACUUCAAUAGCUCCGCUGCGAACAGCACGUUUUCAGGCCGGUUGUACUUCAUGGCAUGGCCUCGUGAUUGUAUGUGGAGGAUGCAAUGGUUGGAAAUGUCUUGACUCAGUUGAUGCUUACUAUCCAAAGACGGGAAAAUGGCAAAAACUAGCUCCUCUGAAAAUAGCGAGACGUGGAUGUGCUGUUGCGGUGGUAAAAGAUUCAUUGUUUGUUAUCGGCGGUCAUGACGGCAUGCACUCGUUGAAUUCAGUAGAAAUCUUGGACGGUCCUACUGGAGUAUGGCGUUCAGGUCCAUCACUCACUAUUCCACGUGCUAAUGUCAAGGCAGCAGUAACUUCAGGUGAUGAGAUAUAUCUUCUGGGCGGUUUUGAUGGGACGCAGUUUCUUUCUUCGAUUGAAGUGCUCACAAAUGAAUUGCUUGGUUGGCGAAAUUGGCAGUGA